GAGCGGCAUAGGCGAUUGAGGCGAAGUUUGCCCCAAUAAAUGAGGAGCGCCGGCUGUAAAAUUAAAAAAGAAAGCGACGACAGGACAUUUUACAGCACUACAACCAGACAAACAGAGGAAUGGGAAAGGAAGGCAUAUAGGCAGUGGUCCGGGAAGAGAAGAGGAGAGCUGCGCUAACCAACUGAAGUGGCAAAACACAUAUUUCGGAUACUUUUGGACAGCACCGUUCCGGGACAGGAUAUCCAAACUUUUUCAGCUCUGUCAGAACGUAGGAACACACGAUUCUCCAGAGGAACAACAGGUCCGAGACUUGGAGACUCGAUGAUGUCACCAGUGUCACCUCGAACGCUCGCCCGCGCAGCGGCGCCCUCUGCUGUCUGACAGGGGGAAAGGCGCGACGGGGGUGGGGGCCAUGGAGUCCGCGCUGGCGGACGGGAUGAACGCGGAGAUCGUGGCGCACUACAACCACACGGGGAAGUGGGGCCGGCCGCACGGCGCGGGCGACGGCGGCGGGCCGUACAAGACGGCGCUGCUGCUGCUGAUCGGCGCGCUGAUCGCGCUGGAGAACGUGUCCGUGCUGCUGGCGCUGUGGCGCAGCGGGCGCCUGCACAGCCGCAUGUACGCCCUGAUCGGCAACCUGGCGCUGUCCGACCUGCUGGCGGGCGUGGCCUACGUGGUCAACAUCUUCACCUCGGGGCGCAACACCUUCUUCCUCACGCCCGUGCAGUGGCUGGCGCGCGAGGGCAGCAUGUUCGUGGCGCUGAGCGCCUCCAUCUUCAGCCUGCUGGCCAUCGGCGUGGAGCGGCACACCACCAUGGUGCGGCUGCAGCCCUGCGAGUCCGCGAGGCGGGGCCGGCUCCCGGGGCUCCUAGUGGCCUGCUGGGCGGUGUCGCUGCUCCUCGGCGCCCUCCCCAGCCUGGGGUGGAACUGCAGGGGCCGGCUGGAGAGCUGCUCCACCGUGCUGCCGCUCUACGCCAAGAGCUACGUGGCGUUCUGCGCCUGCGUGUUCACGGUGCUGCUGGUGGCCGUGGUGGCGCUCUACACGCGCAUCUACCGCCUGGUGACGUCCAGCGGGCGGCGGGUGAGCGGGCGUCCGUCGGAGCGCUCGCUGGCGCUGCUGCGCACCGUGGCGAUCGUGCUGGGCGUGUUCGUGGUGUGCUGGGCGCCCCUCUUCCUCCUGCUGCUGCUGGACGUGGGCUGCAGCCCCCGGCGCUGCCCCGUCCUGUACCAGGUGGACUGGUUCAUCGCCCUGGCGGUGCUCAACUCCGCCCUCAACCCGCUCAUCUACACCCUGUCCAGCCGGGAGAUGAGGGCCGCCUUCUAUCGGCUGCUCUGCUGCUGCUGCAGCCGGCCCCGGCCGGACGCCCCGCCCUCCCGGAACCCCGCCGUCCCGCGCCCGGGCGUCAUCGCGCCCACGCCGGAGAACAGCAAGUCCAGCGUGGGCGGAGUCACCAUCGGCGCCACCAAAUCCGCGCUGUCCAAGAGCAGGACGGCCACCCCGUUGAGCUCCGGCCACCAGCGGCCUGACCCCGCCCCCGCUCCCGCCCCCGCCCUCUCCUCCGCGCCCCCGCUCCCCGCGGGACCCGCCAUCCUGCUCUCCGUGGUUCUGGUCAAAGCCGGGGCCUUCUGGUCAGAGCCUUCCUUCCCUGGGGAGGCUCUGACCCGCCUGCUCUCCGUGGUUCUGGUCAAAGCUGGGGCCUUCUGGUCAGAGCCUUCCUUCCCUGGGGAGGCUCUGACCCGGUCGGCUCUGCCCGCCGGCGCCACCGCCUCGUCUCUCUCCAGCCUCGCUCUGGAGUAA